CCAAGGCUGCUAAACUAAAACUAUACCAGUGGGGGCGGAGUUUCGGCGAUUGCGCUGGAAACUACCCCGGAAUCUGGCAACCCACGUGAAUCAAACAGGGCAGAAGCCAAUCGCUAGCUCUUGGGACCUCAAGGUAUGUAAAUGUCUGAGGAUAAGGAAGCGCAGGAGGAUGAGCUGCUUGCCUUGGCGAGUAUCUACGAUGAAGAGGAGUUUCGCAGAGCCGAGGGUACCCAAGGAGGAGAGGUCCAGAUGUGUGUGGAGCUUCCCGCGGAUUUCAAAGUAGUUACAAAAGGAGACAAGCAAACCGAAUACAAUGUCUGCUUCCUACCUCCUCUGGUGCUUAACUUUGAGUUUCCUGAAGAUUAUCCAUCGACAUCUCCACCACAAUACACACUCAGCUCCAAAUGGAUGACAAGAGCUCAGAUGAGCGCCCUCUGCAGACGUCUGGAUGAACUGUGGGAGGAAAACCAGGGCUGUGUCAUUCUCUUCACCUGGAUUCAGUUUCUUAAAGAGGAGACAGUGGAUUACCUCUGUAUCAAGUCACCCCUGGAGGUCCACAGAGCAAAGUCCAGCGGCGAACGUAAAAAACCUGAGCCAGAAAAGAGAGAGGAGAAAAACGGUGAAGUAAAGAAACCCUCUGACCCGUCCUCCUCCGCCUCCUCCAUGACCUCUCUCGAUCCACGGGCCGUUGCUCUGUUGGACCCCCGCAUGGACCUCCUGCCUCAGCUCCUGGAUCAUGACGAGGCCCAGCGACAGAGACUGUUUGAUGGGAAGGUGUUCUGCUGUGGCAUCUGCUUCAAUGAGAAACUGGGCGCAGCCUGUCUCUGUUUCAAAGAGUGCCAGCACGUCUACUGUAAUGCCUGCAUGAGCGAGUACUUUCAAAUCCAAAUCAAAGAUGGAAACGUUCAGUGCCUUAACUGCCCCGAGCCCAAAUGUUCUUCUGUGGCCACACCACUACAGGUGAAGCAUCUGGUGGGUGAGGAGUUGUUUGCUCGUUACGACCGCCUGCUACUCCAGUCCACUCUGGACCUGAUGGCUGACGUGGUGUACUGCCCCCGUGUGUCGUGUGGAACACCCGUGAUGGUAGAGCCCGAAUCCACCAUGGGCAUCUGCUCUGGGUGCCAGUACGCCUUCUGCACGCUCUGUAAGAUGGGCUACCACGGGGUGUCCCACUGCAAGCUGCCCACAGAGGAGCUUCGGGAUCUCAGGGACGAGUACCUGGCGGCCAGUGAAGACGGGAAGAAGUUUAUGGAGAUGAGGUUUGGUAAAAGGGUGAUUCAGAGAGCCGUGGAGGAGUCCUUCAGCCGAGACUGGCUCAGUGAGAACUGCAAGAACUGUCCCCGCUGUGGCACCAACAUACAGAAAGUGGAUGGGUGUAAUAAGAUGACCUGCACGUCCUGUAAGCAGUACUUCUGUUGGCUGUGUAUGGGAGUGCUGAGCCGAGGAAACCCCUACAGCCACUUCAACAACCCCCAGUCUCCCUGCUUCAAUCAAUUAUUUCUUGGCGUGGAUCAGGAAGACGGUGACUUCGAUCAGGACUUUUUCCCUGAUGAGUUUUCCAGUGAUGAAGAUGACUAAUCAGUGCAGUAAAUGUCCCUAUACGCUCAAUUUAAAUGCACUUUAUCUCACAAAAACAAUCACUGUGGUUGUGGCCUUCACUCUCUGGGUAAACAAACGCAUGUACAGUAGUUAUAUUUGUACUAUGUAUUACAACCAGUCUAUAAAAACCCACAGCAGUUCUUCAUCAUAUACAGGGCUGUGCGAUAUGAAUAAAAAGGAAAGAAUUGUGAUUUGGUCCCUAUGACGAAAGGGUCCAUAUUACACUAUUUUCUGAUCUAUGUUAUAAUGUUGUUUCCUCAUCAUAAACGUACCCGAAUUUGUGUUUUGUUUCAUACAUGUUUAACACAAAUUCUGCACAUUUAGGCUGAGUUUUUCUCUCAAACAGAAAACACUUUGUCAUGUACUAAUACAGGAAGUGCUCCACUAUUUUCUUAAACUCCACACACCUCCACUAGAAUCAUUUAGUCCUUUUCAGCCCUGGAACUUCCCAUCUCUACUGAACAAGAGGUAAAACACAGCUAUUAAUUUGAAAACUACAGCUUCAUGACAUCACAAGGUGGAACAGAGCAUUUUGAGCUUUGGAAAUGUAAACAAGAGUAAUAAUGCAGGAUUACUUAAAUAUUUCUGAAUGAAAAAACAAAACACAACUCCAGGCAGGUUUUGAUGAGGUUAUAACAUGGAGUCAAUUUUGCAGAAUAUAGGACCUUUGACCAAUCAGAGUAAAUUGUGAACUUUCAGAAGAAAAAAAAACCCUUUUUGUUACCUCUUAAAGGGCCCAUAAAAGAAUAUUUUCUGAUCUAUAUUAUCGUGUUCUUUUCUCAUCAAAAACAUACCUGGAGUUUUCACAUGUUUAUCACACAAACCCUGCAUAUUUAGGCUCAGUUCUUCUCUCAAACAGAAAACUGCUCAAAUACAAGAAGUGUUCCACUGUGUUUUUAAAUUCUAUACUCCAUCACUAAAAACAUUUGAAUGAUUCCAGCUCUGGGAUUGCCAAUCUCUACUGAACUAAAGGUAAAAGGUAGCUGUUAACUUGACAACUACCAUCACAUGACAUCACAAGGUGUAACAGAGUAUUUUGAGUUUGGAGAUGGAGAUGGAGAUGUAGGAUUACUCCAACAUGUGUGAAUGAAAUAAAACACAACUCCAGAUAUGUUUUUGAUGACAUUAUAAUAUAGCUUAAACCUCACAAAAGUGCGUAAUAUAGGACCUUUAAAAGGCAAAAUAAUGGUAAUUUGUUUAGGAAUAAUGCUCUAUGCUCUAAAACGUGCCAUAUAAUUUUUUUGGCAUAUCCCCCAUCCCUAAUAACUGAUGUCAAAGCAAAUUUGGCAGUUAUUUGUCAAGCAUUCACAAAAGGCAUGUUUUCAGUUAGCGUACAUCUGAUCUACUAGUAUGAAUAGAUAUGCCGCUACCUACUAUACCUAUAAUACAGUUUUUUGGUAAAUUCACAAACUGGCAGCUGGUUAUUAUUUUGCCACAACUUCUAAAAGAUCUAGAAUUCAGUAUUUAUCCAUUUGGGUUCAUUUAGAGUUUUACAUGAUUCUUGGGCAUCGCUGCUGUGCAUGUUUGGAUGUCAUUAUGGACUUGGACUUUUUUUGUGGAGCUGAUCAAUCAGUUGCCAGAAUUUCUCAUGGAUUAUUUUUAUUAAGUUUCACGCCUUGAACUGAAAUAUAUGUGAAUUUAUGUUUUAAAAUAAUUAUGAUUAGUUUCUUUUUUUUUCUUUUUUCUUUUUUAGUUUCUACAUUAUAGUUUCUGUUGAACAAUCAGCUCCAUAAGCAUAAUGUUAACGCACAAUACAGUUGAAUAAAAGCUGCUGCAAAA